GUCUCUUCCACUUCAUCUUCCUAAUUAUUCCACCAUUCUCCAACAUAAGUAACUCUUCUACUACUACUACUACUACUAGUUACUACUCUACUCAACUAAACGCCACUCCUGUUUCAUUCCACUGUCUAAGUAUCUAUGACUACUCUCACCUUAUUCCACCUCAUUUUCUCUUUCCUCCACCUCAUUUUACUCCCACUCUCGCGUGCCGAACUCCCAGGCACGUGGGAGCUUCUCGUGGCGGACGUAGGCAUCGCUUCCAUGCACACCGCCGUCACCCACUUCGGCACGGUGGUUCUCUUAGACCGUACCAACAUAGGCCCCACCCGUCUCCUCCUUCCCAAACACCACUGCCGUACAGACCCAAACGACGCCGUUUUGAAACACGAUUGUUAUGCUCACUCUGCUCUCUUUGACCCCAUCACCAACAAAAUCCGACCGUUGAUUAUUCAAACUGACACGUGGUGCUCAUCCGGACAGUUUCUCUCUGAUGGGACCCUCCUUCAGACGGGUGGUGAUCAAGAUGGGUGGAAGAAAAUUCGCAAGUUUAAGCCGUGUGAAACGACGGAGUUUUGUGAUUGGGAGGAAUUAAACGACGUCGUUUUAGAUCAUGGAAGGUGGUAUUCUACUAAUCAGAUUUUACCUAAUGGAGAUGUUAUUAUUGUUGGCGGUAAAGUUGCCUUUUCAGUUGAGUUUUACCCUCCAAGACAAAACGGUGCCGUUUUGUUUCCUUUUCUUGCUGACGUGGAGGAUAGACAAGGGGAUAAUUUAUACCCUUAUGUUCAUCUUCUACCCAAUGGAAAUUUAUUUAUUUUUGCUAAUAAUAAAGCUGUUUCAUAUGAUUAUGAUAAUAAUUCAAUUGUGAAAAAUUAUCCACCUUUAGAUGGUGGGCCUAGGAAUUACCCAUCUGCCGGAUCAUCAGUAAUGCUUGCUUUAGAAGGAGAUUUUUCAUCAGCUUUUAUUGUUAUUUGUGGUGGGGCCCAAUAUGGGGCCUACAUUACAAUGGAUAAUUCACUUCCUGCUAAUGGUAGUUGUGGGCGUAUAUUAGCAACUUCACUUAACCCAGUUUGGGAAAUGGAGGUUAUGCCUUUCGCUAGGAUCAUGGGUGAUAUGGUAAUGCUACCAACUGGUGAAGUAAUCAUCAUAAACGGGGCCCAAAGUGGUACCCAAGGGUUUGAAUUAGCGUCUAACCCGUGCUUGAACCCGGUCCUUUAUCGACCUGAUCAACCACUUGGGUUGCGGUUUAUGGUGUUGAACCCGGGUUCAAUUGCACGAAUGUAUCAUUCAACGGCUAAUUUGUUACCUGAUGGUAGGAUCUUACUUGCUGGUAGUAACCCGCAUUAUUUUUACACUUUUAAGGGAGAGUUUCAAACUGAGUUACGACUUGAGGCGUUUUCACCUGAGUAUUUGAGUUUAGAUCGAGCUAAUCUUCGACCUGAAAUUAAAGUAUGUCCUAAGAAGUUGAAGUAUGGUGAUGAAUUUGAGGUGGAAUUAAGUGUACCUUUAUCUGUGGUGGGACUUAUUGAGAUUAAUUUGGGGAAUGCACCAUUUGCUACACAUUCUUUCUCACAAGGACAAAGGUUAGUGAAGUUAAAUGUGAAGCCGGCUAUUCCGAAUGAUAAUGGUGGUUAUAAAAUUAGUUGUGUGGCACCACCUAAUGGGAUGGUGGCUCCACCAGGUUACUAUAUGAUAUUUGCGGUGAAUCAAGGGGUGCCAAGUAUUGCGCAAUGGGUUCAAUUGAUGGUUUGACAAGAUUCCUCCUACUGUAAUGAGAAUUGAUCAAAUUUCAAUUAUAUAAGCAAGCUAUAAUACUCUUGUGAACAAGUGUAUAUGCAUAUGUUUUACCUCUCCUCAAAAAUUGAAAGAGGAGGUUAGCUGAAUGUGACGCCAAAUUGUAUGUAGUAUUAAGACUAUAGGUUUAAAUUAUACUCCUUUCGUCUCAUUAUAUAGUACUCACUUUCCUUUUUUUUACAAGAAUUAAGGAAAAAGAAAAGAGUUUUAGGAUUUCACAAAAAUAUAUAUUUAAGUAAAUGUUUAUUGGAUA